AUGGCCACGAAGGUAGACAGCAGGCCCGGAGGGCUCCCUGGCAGUGCCUGUGACCUGGGCACAGCCCGAGAGCAUAUACAGGCUGUCACCCGAAACUAUAUCACCCACCCUCGAAUCACCUACAGGACGGUGUGCAGCGUCAAUGGGCCCCUGGUGGUGCUGGACCAGGUCAAGUUUGCCCAGUAUGCUGAGAUCGUCAACUUCACCCUCCCCGAUGGGACUCGAAGGAGCGGGCAAGUGCUCGAAGUGGCUGGGACCAAGGCCAUCGUGCAGGUGUUUGAAGGCACCUCUGGCAUCGAUGCCCAGAAGACCUCGUGCGAGUUCACAGGGGACAUCCUGCGCAUGCCAGUGUCGGAGGACAUGCUGGGUCGGAUUUUCAAUGGCUCUGGCAAGCCCAUUGACAGGGGGCCAGUGGUCAUGGCCGAGGACUUUCUAGAUAUCAAUGGCCAGCCCAUCAACCCCCAUGACCGCAUCUACCCCGAGGAGAUGAUCCAGACUGGCAUCUCUCCCAUCGAUGUCAUGAACAGCAUCGCCCGGGGCCAGAAGAUCCCCAUCUUCUCAGCAGCUGGGCUCCCCCACAACGAGAUUGCUGCCCAGAUCUGCCGCCAGGCGGGACUGGUGAAGAAGUCCAAGGCCGUGCUGGAUUACCAUGACGACAACUUCGCCAUCGUCUUUGCGGCCAUGGGGGUGAACAUGGAAACAGCUAGGUUCUUCAAGUCGGACUUCGAGCAGAACGGAACCAUGGGGAAUGUGUGUCUCUUCCUGAACUUGGCCAAUGAUCCCACGAUCGAGCGGAUCAUCACCCCACGCCUGGCACUGACCACUGCAGAAUUCCUGGCCUACCAGUGCGAGAAGCAUGUGCUGGUCAUCCUGACCGACAUGAGUUCCUACGCGGAGGCCUUGCGAGAGGUCUCAGCAGCCAGGGAGGAAGUGCCUGGGCGCCGAGGCUUCCCGGGAUACAUGUACACGGACCUGGCCACCAUCUACGAGCGGGCAGGCCGCGUGGAGGGCCGGGGCGGGUCCAUCACGCAGAUCCCCAUCCUCACCAUGCCCAAUGAUGAUAUCACCCACCCCAUUCCGGACCUGACCGGCUUCAUCACAGAGGGACAGAUCUAUGUGGACAGACAGCUUCAUAACCGACAGAUCUACCCCCCCAUCAACGUGCUCCCUUCUCUGUCGCGGCUGAUGAAGUCCGCCAUCGGCGAGGGCAUGACGAGGAAGGACCACGGCGACGUCUCCAACCAGCUGUACGCCUGCUACGCCAUCGGCAAGGACGUGCAGGCCAUGAAGGCCGUGGUGGGCGAGGAGGCGCUCACCUCGGAGGACCUGCUCUACCUGGAAUUCCUGCACAAGUUCGAGAAGAACUUCAUCAACCAGGGUGCCUACGAGAACCGCUCGGUGUUCGAGUCGCUGGACCUGGGCUGGAAGCUGCUGCGCAUCUUCCCCAAGGAGAUGCUGAAGCGCGUCCCGCAGGCCGUGAUCGAUGAGUUCUACGCCCGCGAGGGGGCGCCGCAGGACCUCGGGUCCGACACCGCGCUCUAG